AUGGAUCAUGUAACUUCAGCAGUAGGCGAACAAUUUCGCGACUUCAAAGCAACGGUUUGCUCCGCUUAUGUGACGCACGAACUUCACCAGGAAGUCGAGGCUCGUACCCGACGCAAUGCAAAGCAAGCUGCAAAGCAGACAGGCAAGCAUAGCUCUAGCGUGUUGGAGCAAAGGAAUGCGGCAGUAGAGUUACAGACAUCAUCCAAAAAUGCUCAACGCACAAAGACCUUCAACUUCCAGACAUACAAGUUUCACGCUUUAGGCGACUAUGUGUCUACAAUCCGUCGAUACGGCACAUCCGAUUCGUACAGCUCCGAACCUGGUGAACUCGAGCACCGUUCUCCCAAGUCCAGAUAUCGUCGGACGGAUCGCAAGUCGUUUGUAAAACAAUUAACCCGGAUCGAACGUCGCCAGGCUCGCAUUCGUCGUAUUGGCGACAAAAUAGUUCAUCGCCCGCACAUCGAAAUCGCUGAAUUAGCCAGAAGCCCAUGUGUCCACCACCAUAUUGGCGCAACGCAAAAAUUCCCUGUUCACAUAGGAACAUAUCUAAUCAGCCACGAAGGUGAUCCAGCGAUCAAGGUAAAUGUUAUUGGUAUGUGCAAACGUCUCCUAACGCCCCCGCAGAAUUUUGUCGUGAAGCUCAAGUCUCAUCUGUUGAAACGAAUUCACGUUUUACCAGGAGCGGGAGAAGAGGAUGGUAUCGAUGCGGUCAUCCUCAAGGACGAUCGGAUGUAUCGUCACAACAUAGCAAGGUUCAACUACACUACGUACAAUGUUCGCAGGGGCCAAGACGUCAUCAACCCCAAGACCUCUCACUGCAACGUGAUGGUCCUCCGCAAUGCCAACGAUGUGGGGAAUCAAGGGCACAGAUUUCUUUAUGGUAAAGUAUUAGGCAUAUAUCAUGUUAACGUUAUCUACGUCGGAAGUGGCAUGGUAAACUACACCCCACUCCCAAUGGAGUUUUUAUGGGUUCGCUGGUACGAGCCCACGAUGCAGGUCUCUUCCUGGGAGAACUCCACUCUAGAUCGUAUUAGGUUUCCGCCCAUGACUGACGAGUAUUCGUUCGACUUCCUUGAUCCUUCAGAUGUUUUGAGGGGCUGCCAUAUAAUACCAUCUUUCGAGAAGGGUAAAAGACAUCUGGAAGGAUCAGGCAUGUCUGGAUGUGCAGGAGACAAUGAUGAUUGGCGUGAGUACUUCGUUAAUCGGUUUGUUGAUCGCGACAUGCUGAUGCGAUUCCACUUUGGUCUUGGAGUCGGACACGUCUACUCUCACUAUCGUGGCGCACCGGCUGGCCCUCAGCCAGAAGGGAGCACAAAUAGUGUCCCCGAAGAUGACGUCGAUGUCAAUGACUUUGACUAUGACUUCGAAACAGAAGAGGAAGAUGACAGUACUUCGAGAGUGCAAGUCGUCGGGGAGGGGUUUGGCGACAGCAACGAAUCAUUAUUAGAACAAUUUGAUCAGAUGUACGAUAGCGAUAUAGCAAUGGUUUUCCUCUAUGAUGCAGACAACAGUGCGCCAUUCUUUGACUCCAUUCUCUUUCGAGAAGAUGCAUUUUUUACUUUUUCAUUUGUCCUCCGAAAUUGCCCUGAGGCGACAGCUGUGUUACCCUUCGUGGGGUAUGUUCCUGUAGGGUCGCUGAUGACACUCUAUCCUCUCUACUCUACACAAGCAGGUGUUGCGAUCUUGGGAUCACUAGCUAUAUUGUCUGCUUAUUUGCGAACUCCGUUGGUACACUGCGCGGUCUAUGAGCAAAGGUCAGACAUGGAGGUGCCCAUAUAUGUGCUGGAACCUCAGUCUCGUACAUUCAAUCUUCCCUACGUAGGCCAAAAGAUAGGUCACGACGGCAACCAUUACAACUUAUUCACUUGUGACAGUGACGGCACUGCUGUCCAUCUCGCACUCCAUCCUGCAGGCUAUGAGCCUAUUCCCCAUGCUGUGGGAUUCCCUGCUCUCAACUUCACAUCUUUCCCGCCGGCGUUGGAUCUCACGUUUGGUCUAACACAACCUUUCAUCCCACUGAACACGGCUAUGGUCGACCCUCGUUCCAUUUUGGAAUCGUGUGUGCGAUCUCCCACUGUUAAUCGUUUGCGUUACGACCCUAUUCUCGUCGCAUCUCGCGCGCAUAGUUCCACCGCCGACUCUUCAGAGUCUGGUUUGGUCGGACCCAGCUCAAUCUUUGGGUCAUCCAUCCUGGAGACUUCAUAUAUAGGCUCUUCCGCAUAUCCGGCACGCAGAGGCGACACCGAUGCUAACAUAUCCAAGAAUCUCACAGGCUCAACUGGUACCAAGCGCAGAACUACGCAGAAAACAGACAAACCCACACUAUCCUAUAUCAUGACUCGCUACCCCAACUGGAGAAAGGCCCUUGCCUACCUUAGGUGCAUGCUACGAGUUGCCGUGUGCCGCGGAGGUCACCCCAGUCUGUUCUUACUCGUAACGGCUGAUUAUGCUACUGAGCGAAAGGCGCUGAUUAUUUCCCUCUGGCCCGAAACUCUGGUUCGGUGUGAGUUGCAGCCGCAGGAUUUGGAAAAGGUUACUAUGGCAGACGAUAAUGUUAUGUCUGACAUGGACAUCCUAGCUCUCGGCGAUGCUUGGUUCAGUCUUUGGAUGUAUGACAACAAGUGUCACGCGUCCACCUCAGUCAUGACCAAUCGUGCCGGCUUUGACCUGAAACAUCUCUUCGGGAUUACGCUACAUGAUAAGAUCCUGUCCAUCGUAUCGAAGCUGAUGCCCCCACAGUCAAAUUGCCUUCCGUUCACCGUCAAUGGUUUAGUGAAGUUCCUCCGCCAUCAGGUCUCGAAAGAGUCGGUUUACCAUGUAGUUUUCUGGCAGAACGCCACACCAGGUUAUCGUAUCUGUCUCGCUGAUCUGGAUCCCACAGCCUUUAGGGAGGCAGCACACCCGCCUGUGGCCACGUUGGCCUUAGUCGUAACUACUUGUUACGACGUCUUUCUGGACACCUUUGAUGAAGAAUUCAAAGACACUCAUGUGUUUAUGUCUCCAAGCGAGAUGCAUAAACACGUAUGCGAGACGCUUCCUAUGCUAUUCGAGCAAUCUGACGACCCAGAUUAUACGUCAUUCAUGGCCGCUAUGAGCGCGUUAUGUACCAUCAAGAAGGGCGAUGUCCAACGGGUUAGCCGGCCUAAGCACCCAACAAAACGAAAAGCGGUUGCUUAA